CGUCACCGGUGCAGUGGGAGGAGGUUCGUGUUGUUACCGCUGAGAUCCUGUGCCUGACAAAAUCCGGCGGCGAAGAAGCGGAGUGAAGGGGUAGUGCGUUUUGUCUGGCCCAGUUAUCCUUGAAGAUCAGCAAUGGCCUUCAGCAAGGGUUAUCGUAUUUACCACAAGCUGGACCCUCCACCGUACAGUGUAUUCGUGGAAACCAGGAAUCGUGAGGAAUGUCUCCUGUUCGAGUCGGGGGCUGUUGCUGUACUGUCCUCGGCCGAGAAGGAAGCAAUUAAGAACACGUACACUAAGAUGCUGGAUGCCUACGGGAUCCUGGGAGUUCUCCGACUCAAUCUCGGGGACGCUAUGCUUCACAGCUUGGUUGUGGUGACUGGCUGCAGCUCCGUGGGGAAAGUCCAGGAUUCGGAAGUGUUCCGGGUCACUGCAACCGAAUUUGUGUCCCUCCGCAACGACCCCUCGGACGAGGACAGGAUCUCGGAUGUACGCAAGGUCCUGAAUUCUGGGAACUUUUACUUUGCCUGGUCCGCCACGGGAGUGAGCAUGGACCUCAGCCUGAACGCCCAUCGCAAGGUCAAAGAGGACACUACCGACAUCCGAUUUUUCUGGAACCAAUCCCUGCACCUUCAUCUGAAGCACUACGGGGUGAACUGUGACGACUGGCUACUGCGCCUCAUGUGCGGAGGGGUGGAGAUCCGCACCAUCUACGCGGGCCAUAAGCAGGCCAAGGCCUGCGUCAUCUCCCGCCUCAGCUCCGAGAGGGCCGGCACGCGCUUCAACGUGCGCGGCACCAACGACGACGGCCAAGUGGCCAACUUCGUCGAGACCGAGCAGGUAAUUUUCCUGGAUGAUAAAGUUUCUUCCUUCAUUCAAAUCCGUGGCUCCAUUCCUCUGUUCUGGGAGCAGCCUGGCAUUCAGGUCGGGUCACACCGGGUCAAGCUGUCCCGAGGCUUUGAGGCAAACGCUCCAGCUUUCGAAAGGCACUUCUGCACGCUGCGGAGGCUAUAUGGCAGACAGAUGAUCGUCAACCUGCUGGGGAUGAAGGAGGGCGAGCACAUGUUGAGCAAGGCCUUCCAGAGCCACCUGAAGGCGUCGGAGCAUGCCGCCGCGGUGAAGAUGAUCAACUUCGACUACCACCAGAUGGUGAAGGGGGGAAAGGCGGACAAGCUGUUCAGUGCGCUGAAGCCACAGCUUAGCAAAUUCCUGGAUGACUGUAACUUCUUCUACUACGCUGGGGAAGGCGGGGUUCAGAGGUGCCAGAGCGGAACCAUCCGGUCCAACUGUCUGGACUGUUUGGACAGAACCAACAGCGUCCAGGCCUUCCUUGCACUGGAGAUGCUGCCCAAACAGCUGGAGGUCAUGGGCCUGUCAGAGAAACCCCAGCUGGUGGCCCGAUUCCAGGAGGUCUUCCGCUCCAUGUGGUCCAUCAACGGCGACUCCAUCAGCAAAAUCUACGCUGGAACGGGGGCCCUGGAUGGCAAGGCUAAGGCUGGGAAGCUGAAAGAUGGCGCACGGUCCGUCACCAGGACCAUCCAGAACAACUUCUUCGACAGCUCGAAGCAGGAGGCCAUCGACAUUCUGCGCCUGGGCAGCACCCUGAACAGCGACCUGGCCGACAAAGCCCGCGCACUGCUCACCACCAGCAGCCUCUACGUUUCAGAGCCCAUUUUGCAAUCAGCCUCUCCCAGAGUCCUCCUGGGCAUGUGCCAAAGCUACGAGAAGUACACACGGCCCAAGCAGGUGCGCGUGUGCGUCGGCACCUGGAACGUCAAUGGGGGCAAGCAGUUCCGCAGCAUCGCCUUCCGCAACCAGACCCUCAACGACUGGCUCCUAGAUGCCCCCAAGAAGGCGGGACUCCCCGGUUUCCAGGACGGCAAAGCUCGCCCAGUAGACAUCUUUGCUAUUGGAUUUGAGGAAAUGGUAGAGCUGAACGCCGGUAACAUCGUCAGCGCAAGCACAACCAAUCAGAAGCUGUGGGCCGCUGAGCUGCAGAAGAACAUCUCCAGGGACCACAAGUACGUGCUGCUGGCCUCGGAGCAGCUUGUGGGGGUCUGCCUCUUCGUCUUCAUCCGGCCCCAACACGCCCCUUUCAUCCGGGAUGUUGCCGUGGACACGGUAAAGACGGGAAUGGGAGGAGCCACAGGGAACAAGGGGGGCGUGGCCAUCCGCAUGUUGUUCCAUACUACCAGCAUCUGCUUCGUCUGCUCUCACUUCGCUGCUGGCCAGUCCCAGGUCAAGGAGAGGAACGACGACUACAGUGAGAUCACCCGCAGGCUCAGCUUCCCCAUGGGCCGGCUCCUCUACUCCCAUGACUAUGUGUUCUGGUGCGGUGACUUCAACUACCGCAUCAGCCUGCCCAACGAGGAGGUGAAGGAGCUCAUCCGGCAGAAGCAGUGGGACGCCCUGAUUGCCGGCGACCAGCUGACGGAGCAGAAGAGCGCGCGCCACGUUUUCCGCUCGUUCAUCGAAGGCGACGUUAACUUCCCACCCACCUACAAGUACGACCUCUUCUCUGACGACUAUGACACCAGCGAGAAGUGCCGCACACCAGCUUGGACGGACCGUAUUCUCUGGAAGAGGAGGAAGUGGAACUUUGAUAAAAGUGCAGAAGAGAUGAACCUGGUGUCCACGGCUCCGGACGAAGAGGACAGCGCGCCGCAGUACCUCUGGACACCUGGAACCCUUCAGUACUAUGGCAGAGCGGAGCUAAAGACCUCUGAUCACAGGCCUGUGGUGGCCGUCAUAGACGUGGACGUGCUGGAGGUCGACCCCGAGGCACGGCACCAGGUAUACAAGGACGUCAUCGCCCAGCAGGGCCCCCCAGACGGCACUGUGCUCGUGUCCCUGUGCGGCUCAGGCGAUGACAACUUCUUUGACGACGCCCUGAUCGACGAGCUUCUCGACAAGUUCGCCGUCUUCGGGGAGGUCAUCCUCAUCAGGUUUGUGGAGGAGAAGAUGUGGGUGACCUUCUUGGAAGGUUACUCCGCCCUGGCUGCUCUCUCUCUCAGUGCCUCCACGGUCCAAGGGAAAACCAUUGACAUUCGGCUGAAGAGCCCCGACUGGAUCAAGAGCCUGGAGGAGGAGAUGAGCGUCGAGAGGGUCUUCGGGGGUGUUCCCACAUCCGCCAGCUCCAGUCUCCUGGCCGAGGAUGCAGAUACAGGCGCCGACUAUGACAUGGAAGGCGACGUGGACGAGGACAGUGCGGAGUUGGAGGAGAUUCUCCCCCAGCACCUCCAGCUGAACUCCGGCUCAGGCCUGGCCAUAUCACCUUCCACGUCGCCCAGAGGCAGCCCCUGCCCUUCACCGACCCACGGCGAAGCGGCGCCGCCCUGCAGGCCCAGCCGCGCACCGCCCCGCACCGCCGGCCCUCCUCCAGGAUGCUUAAGUCCAGCAGCGUGUAGGAGGGAGCUUGCAGGCUCUCCGGUGGAUUUCCAGCCCAUCGCCCCCCCGUCUCAGGGCCUGGAGCCGAAACGACCCCCUCCCCCGCGCCCCAACGCCCCCCCUGCCCGACCUGCUCCUCCGCAGCGACCCCCACCUCCUUCAGGAGGUAGAAGCCCCACACCAGCUAGGAAAGACUUGGGAGGACCAAAAAGUCCGGGAUUAACUCGAAGUGACUUGGGUCGAGGCCAAGCUGCAGGUGGACCCGCUGCUGGAGGGGCUGCCAGACCGAACAUCCCCCCACGAGCGGGGGUUAUCAGCGUGACCCCCCAAGCCCGCCCACAUCCCCCGGCUCACCCCGGGGCUCCCCGGCCCAUCCCAGAGGUGCACCCAGGGGCCCCCAGAUCGAUGGCUGAGACACACCCCGGAGCACCAAGGGCCACCCCAGAGCCCCCGGUGAGACCACAGAUGGCCCCGCCCCUACAGCCUCAGAUGGCCCCGCCCCUACAGCCUCAGAUGGCCCCGCCCCUACAGCCACAGUUGGCCCCGCCCUUGCAGCCACAGAUGGCAGCCCCACUGCAGCCGCAGCCUGCAGCAGCUCCUCAGGCCCCUCCCCCUCAAGCCUCAGCAAGCUUGGGCUCCCCAAAGCCGCCUCCCCGGAGCCGCUCUGCCCACAGCCUGCCUCCUCCCUCCUCUCAGAUCAAUGGGAUGAAUGGAAUUCAGAAAGAAGCACAAUCAAAGCCCGACCCCUUUGAGAGUCUCACCCUCGGCCUGUUUCCCUCCUCGUCCACUUCCUGGUCCAGCACACAGUCCCUGACGAGAAGUUGCUCUCUGCUCAGCAGCCCCUCCUCAGCUUCUCUUGCUCCACCUGGCUCUCACUACCUGCAGCCUACGUCACAGUCCUCCCUGCAGGAUUUGCCAGGUUGGCCUUCCUCUCUGACACCCAACCGCAGUCGCUCCCAGGAGAUUCUGCGCACGUCUCCCAACCCCUUCCUGUCCGACAUCAAACCGGGCAGUACUAAUCCCUUCACCAGCCAAAUGUCCGCAACGCAGCGCCGUUCCGUCACACCCGACUUUCACUCCCAGCAGCACGCAAUGGCCUCAAAGCCGCUUCUCCUGCAACCAGCCACAUGUCACGUGCCCUCCAACGUCUCCACGGUGGCAACCCCUUCAGCCGCGGGUGACGGCAUCCAAGAGUGGGUCAAGUUUGACGACGACUCCGAUUUCCCCGCUCCAGUGAGGACUCCACCAAUGGCAACGCAAACAACUCUUCCCACCUUGACCGGACCCGGCCCCAUCUCCAAGCCCCCUGACCCACAGACCCUGUUCCCCAGCCCUGGAUUUGACCUGUGCACGGGGCCUCCCUCCUCUACAUUCCCAGCCAUCCCCCCUCCCAUUCCUGCAAGGACUAAAUCUGGAAACCCUCAGCCCUCCUUGACGCUAGAAAGCAGCUUUCUAGUCUCUAAGGAGAUCACUGAAGGACAAUAGUUUUCAAAUUCAUUGAUCUAGGAGCUGCAUGUGGUAUAACUGAAUAGUGACAAGUAUGCGUCUGUUUAAACUCAUGUACGGUUUGAAUAAACUGUACCAUACACAGGUAAAGGACUGUAGGAUCAUUGAAUUAGGUGCAACACGGUUUCAAAUACAGACGGACCAGGAGCUUUUCCGAUUUAUUUUCGUUUGUUGCAGUAGGAAGGUGACAGUGGUUUUAGUGAUUCACCAAAGCCUCAUAUUUCAUUAAUUCUGACUGGAAUCCUGCCUGUAUUGCUUAGAUGCACGAUGGUGUGUUACUAUAUGUAUAUACAUAUCCAUUUUUUUUUUUGUUUAAUUUGUGCAAUAUUCAAGACAUGCGUGUCUGCACAUUGGCGAUUGGCACGCUUCUGAAUACAAGCGUCUGAAUGUCCAUGCAAUUUGUAUUUUUAUUGUUGUUAUUUUUUGCUUCAGGAAAGAUGCACCUCAUGCAGCAAAAGUGUGUCACUUAGAGAGGAGGUUUUUAAUAAUGUGUUGGCAAUGUGCUCUGGAGAGCGAACUGUGUGUUUGUUUAUUUAUAAGUGACCAUUAAUGUGUGACUCACAGGACACCUUUGACCACUGAUUUGCUGCCUCACUGGUGCCCCACUGCACCCCAGUUUCUCCUCCUGCUUUUAGCAUCCUAUCGCUUGAAUGUAUGCAGUCCAGUGUAUGUUAACCGCAGUGUCGUUUCCCGAUACCGCCAGGGAUCAUAAGCUGUGACCUCGCAUUUUAGGCGGUGACCUCGCUUUGCUGCAGCUCCUGCAUCCACAGUUUCAAGCUCAUCUGGGCAAUACAGUAAAUUACAUAGAGGUAGGAUUUAUGUAUAUUGUGGAACAAUGUGUAAACUGGAAUGUUGAAAAUCUGAACACAUCUAAAAAAGGAAAAUUAUAUAUAUACUUAUAUAAAUGUAUAUUUACACAGAUGUAUGUAUUUACACUAUAUAUAAAUAUAUAUAUAUACAUAUAAAAAUAUAUACACACCCUGAUUUUUGCACUGACUGGUCUUCUUUGGCCUUUUAAUAGGUGGUAUAAGACCCAAAGGUGGUGGUGAGGGAAAUAACUUAUAUUCCAGGGGUGUGUGUAUCUGCUGUGCAGUAAAAAAAAUCUUUAUUUACUACAUAGCUGUAGGUACUUAAUUCGGUCCAAAGCCAGAAAAAUUUACUGAUUUUUAUCCAGUCAAUGUGCUAUGUCUGUUCAUGUGGUCUGCAUAUCAGGCUGGAAAAGCGGAGUAUAGUGAUUAUACUUUUGUAAGUAAAAGACGACCUUUUAUGCUUUUAAAAAGUGUCUAACCUGAGUUGUUUUUAAAAAUGAGCUUUAUUUUGGAAGGGGAAACAUUCUUCCUGAGGUUUACUUACUGUACAGUCGUGUGCUUUGUGGUGUAUCUGCUGAUUUUGCAGUCUUGUUUUAGUUUCAUCUUGGCUCAGUGGUGGAUUAAGGGCACAUUUUGUGGCUGCAGUGUCCCCCACAAAUGUUAUUGAAGUGGCAGGAAUCGUGGGGCAGGGGCUCUGUGUUACAUGUCAGUCUUGUUGGGUGUGUUUAGGAACUACAGCUGAUAACCGCAAAGUCUUAUCAGCAUUUCAGGAAUUUCUCAUUCAAACAUCAUUGGCAUAGAAACCAUGUAUACUGGAUGUUUCCCUACAUCUGUGCUAUGUGCUGUGAGCUUUAUUCUCUGGUGUGUGUUUGCUGCCAGUCGUCCAAAGGCAUUUUUUCAUCAUUUUUUUGCUCAGUCUACCUUCUGUGUUUUGAGAAGUGCUGUAGUAACCGUUACAACCCAUCCCCCACCACACCACACCCCCAAGCGAGGCUUGCUUUUUCAAAGAGAAAGAAACCUUUGGAAUACAAGUGAAUCAUGACACGGCUUUUUGUAGGCUAGAAAUAAGCUGGUGUCAAGGCUAAUUUUUUGCUAUUGUAAUGUUGUUGUACUGCCUUCAGUCUGUUGCCUGUGUUUUGAAAAUUUGUCGACCAACAAAGGUUUCAUGAAUAUUACAGUGACUUGCGGUACGUCGAAUUUGGUAAAAUUGAAGCCUAAGAGAAGAGAAAAACAUUGAAAAGGAGAUUAUCUAUAGGUCAUUCGAUUAUUUUUUUUGCGAGUCUUUUUAGGUCUCCUCUUUUACUGUAGAGCUGGAUGGUUUGGUUUGAGCAGGGAACAAGUCCUUUAAACCAUGUUAACAAUGCUUUUCUCAAUAUCCAUGUGACUGUCGUAAAUCACACCUUGUAAUAAGACAACCCUAAACACACCGGGGUCUGUGUAUUGUCGAACAACGGGAGAAAAUGUACUUUUCUUGCUUUGGUUGUUCCUAAGUAACCACUAAAAGACAUCUAUGCUGUUAAUGUGUGCCGUUCAUAGCAGGAACUGCUUAUAGGGGUCUAGUAUGAGCUAUGGUGUUAAGUCUUUGUUGUGUGACGUAUGGGAUUUUAUAAGAAACAAAAAUUAUUUUGUGAGAUUGGUGUCCCUUUGCGACUGUAACCUGGUAGAAAAUGUUGCUGAUCAUGUUCUGUACGUAUUAACACGGAAUACUGCAAUUUAAUUGAACAAUACUUAAGAUUCUGUGCACGGAUACCUGCACAUUUAUGGAUGAAGCAAUUGAUGUUGUACGUAUGCAAUAAUAAAUAUCAAUCAACAGCGA